GAGCUCUUCUCACAGUGUUCGUACCCUUUUUAGCGACGUCGAACUCCCUGCUGCUUGUCCCCAGUGCCGCUCAACGAGAUUCGUGAGCUACCCCGUAGAACAGCUGACCAGGACGAGAAGGCUGUAUGAGGCUACAUGGCCCCUCUGGCAUUCUGUGUCUGGAACUUGACGACGUGGCAGAACCAGGGGGCCUACAUCGACGACUGUGAGAACAUUGCUCAACGCCUGGCGAACUCCAACGUGCGCAUCAACCUUCCGCCCCAGAGAUCCGAGGAGUUCCGCUCGAACCAGUUUCGCUGCAAGAUCAUCAUUCGCAACCAGAGUACCAGCCAGACCUACAACCCGUACCGUGCCACACUUGGCGUUGCGGCCCAGGAUACCAUGGACUGGUGCCCAAGCCUGUCUCAGACCAGCGGCUGGGGCUAUUCGACUGGUGAUCCAAACCUGAUCUACAUCGUGGAGCCUUUGGAUAUCAGCCCCCCUGCAUACUCGCCUGCGUGUAAUUGA